AAUUUAUGAAUAAAUCAAGUGCUUACAUGGGAGAGGGAGGCUUAACAAAGAAAGAAAAAAACACUAAACAGAGAAGAAGAAGAAGAAGCGGAAAAAUAAACCAAUUGUUAAUAGUUAGUUCCGGAGCAAAAACCAUGUAGUACCAGCGUGCGUAUAUCGAACUCAAUUGAAAUACCCCUUUCCUCUUUUCCCUCCCAGUUUUCAGUUGCGACGGAAAUAUGUCACUCACACGCUCCGCAAUCCACCGCUUCCGUUACAUCAUCUACCACACUAUCUCACCUCCACUUACUAAUCAUACCUUUCAAUCUCAACUCCACCGCUCCUUUCUCUCUCAUCCCAUUCCUAAACCCUUCCAUUUCCACUCUUCUUCUUACUCCUCCUCCUCCUCAUCUUCUUGUUCCACCUUUGUCCGCGGUGGUGCCGAUGACGAUUAUCCCACCGGUGACUUUGAUUUUAAGCCGGUCACCGGCUUCAACAAAUUUUUAGUCAAGCUCAAAAUGCUAAUAGCAUUGCCAUGGGAGCGUGUUCAACACGGCAGCGUCUUGAAAAUCAUUUUGCGAGGCCAGAUAUCUGAUCAACUGAAUAAUAGAUUCUCGAAGAAGGGGUUAUCUCUUCCCCAAAUUUGCGAUAAUUUGUUGAAAGCAGCUUAUGAUCCUCGUAUUUCUGGUGUGUAUCUUCAAAUUGACAAUUUAAAUUGCGGUUGGGCUAAACUCGAUGAAAUUCGAAGACAGAUCUUAAAUUUCAGAAAAUCAGGAAAAUUUGUUGUGGCUUAUGUCCCUUCAUGUCGAGAAAAAGAAUAUUACAUUGCUUGCGCAUGUGAAGAAAUAUAUGCCCCUCCAAGUGCUUAUUUUUCUUUGUUUGGAUUCAGUGUUCAAGCGGCAUUUGUCAAAGGUGUUUUUGACAACCUUGGAAUUGAACCAAACGUUGAAAAAUUUGGCAAAUAUAAAAGUGCAGGAGAUCAACUAACCCGUAAAACCAUGUCUGAAGAUCACCGUGAGAUGCUGACUGCAUUACUGGAUAAUAUCUAUUCAAAUUGGCUGGAUAAAGUAUCUUCCGCUAGAGGUAAAGAAAGAACAGAUAUUGAGAACUUCAUAAAUGAAGGUGUCUAUCAAGUAGACAGACUGAAAGAAGAGGGUUUCAUAACAAGCAUACUCUAUGAUGAUGAGGUUAUCACUAAGUUGAAGGAGAGACUUCAGGUGAAAACAGUAAAAAAACUGCCUGUGGUUGAUUUCAGAAAAUACUCUGGAGUUAGAAAAUGGACUGUUGGAAUAUCAGGUGGUAAAGAUCUGAUAGCUGUCAUCCGAGCCUCAGGGACCAUCCGUCGUACUGAGGGUCCAUUUAGUGCCCCUAGCAAAGGUGUUAUUGGAGAGAAGUUCAUUGAGAAGAUCCGUAGGGUCAGAGAGUCAAAUAAAUUCAAGGCUGCUAUUAUCCGAAUUGACAGUCCAGGAGGUGAUGCUCUUGCUUCUGAUUUAAUGUGGAGAGAAAUCAGGCUUCUGGCUGCCAAAAAACCAGUCAUUGCUUCAAUGUCUGAUGUGGCAGCAAGUGGAGGAUACUACAUGGCAAUGGGAGCAGGAGCUAUUGUUGCAGAAAGUCUAACCUUAACUGGUUCAAUUGGAGUGGUCACAGGAAAAUUUAGCCUUGGGAAACUUUAUGAGAAGAUUGGUUUCAACAAAGAAAUUAUAUCAAGGGGUAAAUAUGCCGAGCUCCUUGCAGCUGAACAACGUUCCUUUAGGCCACAUGAAGCAGAGCUAUUUGCCAAGUCUGCACAGAAUUUUUAUAAACAAUUUCGUGAUAAGGCGGCUUUUUCCAGAUCAAUGACUGUAGACAAGAUGGAAGAGGUUGCACAAGGGAGGGUUUGGACCGGUAAGGAUGCAGCAUCCCAUGGUUUGGUUGAUGCUAUUGGUGGGCUAUCUCGUGCUAUUGCUAUAGCAAAAUUGAAAGCUAAUAUACCUCAAGACAGACAGGUUACUGUUGUGGAGCUCUCUAGACCUAGUCCUUCUCUACCCGAGAUUUUAAGUGGUCUUGGUAAUUCUCUGGUUGGAGCGGACGAAAGACUUAAGGAACUACUAGAGGACUUGACAUUUUCUGAUGGAGUUCAAGCGCGAAUGGAUGGAAUCAUGUUUCAGAAAUUGGAAGGAAAUCCAUCUGCUAACCCCAUUUUGGCAUUGAUGAAAGAUUACCUCAGUUCUGCUACAUAGAGAGAGGGUGAGAGUUUCUUCAUUGUUGUAUAAUAAUAGAAGAUGUACAUGGAAUAAAGAGAGUGAUUUUCUUCUCUUUAUGUUUUGCAUUGUAUAAUAGCAGAUCUACAUGAAACCCACUGAGAAAUCUAAUUUCUCUAUCUAUUACGUAGUUGGAACCAAUGUUGAAAAAUUUGUAUUCUGAAUGCAAAUCAGAAACGCUCCUCUACACAAAUAUAGUUUUUUACGAGAUACUUAGCUCUUGUUUGGAUUCA